AUGACUGGUUGGGCCGCUCUACUGACUGGCUUCGCCUUCAUCUGCACAAUGAGAGUUAUCAUCCGUGAAGACCCUCAGGGUGUCUCCGAGUACAUUGCCGAAUAUAUAGUCAGCCGAAUCAAUUCAUUCAGCCCUACACCUGAGAAGCCGUUUGUCCUCGGUCUUCCUACCGGUAGCAGUCCAGAGAUUAUCUAUCGUAUCCUCGUGCAAAGGUACAAGGCCGGCGAGAUCUCGUUUCGCAAUGUCGUUACCUUCAACAUGGACGAAUAUGUUGGCAUCCCGCGCGAUCACCCAGAAUCCUACCACAGCUUCAUGUACAAACACUUCUUCUCGCAUGUUGAUAUCCUUCCCGCCAACAUCAACAUCCUAAACGGCAAUGCGCCGGACCUUGCCGCAGAAGCGGCUUCCUACGAAGCCAAAAUCGCGCGCAUGGGAGGCAUUGAGCUUUUCCUCGGCGGUGUCGGACCAGACGGCCACAUCGCCUUCAACGAACCAGGCUCAUCGCUAACAAGCCGCACACGAGUGAAGACCCUAGCUUACGACACCAUCGUCGCAAACUCCCGCUUCUUCGACAAUGAUGUCAACAAAGUACCCAAAAAGGCCUUGACGGUUGGUAUCCAGACCAUCAUGGAUGCGCGCGAAGUCGUAAUUGUCUGCACGGGAUCACACAAAGCGCUUGCCCUACAUCAUGGUCUUGAAGGCGGCGUAAACCACAUGUGGACCUUGUCCGCGCUUCAAUUACAUCCUCACCCUCUUAUCGUCGCGGACCGGGACGCCACGAUGGAACUCAAGGUCAAGACAGUCAAGUAUUUCGAAUCGAUUGAAGAAUCAGGCACAGAUGCUCGUACCCAGGGUCCACCUUUGGUCUACAGGCCACGAACCUAUGUCCCAGCUCCAUUAUUCGCCACCGGAACCGCAGCAACAGCAAGCGGACUAGCAAACAUCACAUCUGCACCUCUAGACGUCGCAUCCCGCGGUCUGGUGCCCAAAGAUCUCAAAAUCAACACUGACAUGCGUCGCUCCGCAGAGGAAGAUGGCGAAUUGACGCCUGAUAGUAUGUCGUCACGGAUAUUGGAUUCGGGGAUUUCGGGUCUGGAUGCUGCGCUCAAGGGGGAGUUGUUGCCUGAUCCUAUGGCAUCGAGGAUGACUCCUGUCUAG